AUGCGAUACCUUUUUACAAUCGCAUUUUUGGCUUUGUCCAUCUUGCUCGUGGCAGGCCGUGAGAGGUACGUCGCACAGUCGGAUGACGCUCUAGACGAUUCGCCACGUGCUUUAAUACGCGGCCUCGCUCCUUCAAAAGAGGCGCAAAAAUGGCAUGAGGCGACAUGGGAAAGGGGACCCCUCGUGCAACGUUGGCGGCAAUGGGUUCGACGGCAAGACGAGAACGAACCUUCCAGCAAUGAAAGAACAGCUACACAGAGAAGAUCCGAAACGAGAGGGACUACCCAAAAGGAAGAUGCGAUGAUAGAAGAAGAAGCAAUGACGACAGAAGACGAGGCUACAACAACGCAAAACAAAGUUACAACAACAGACGAACCCGAAUCAACCACACAAGAGUUUACUACCGCGGCAACAUCUACCCAAGAAUCCUCGGUAUCGUCGACGGUGCUGUCUACGUCGACCGAGACGUCAAGCACCUCGAGUUCCACCACAAGCAGUACCAUAACUUCGACGGAACCUGGUGCCUCCUGCUACAGUACAACUAUCGAGACUAGCAUAGUUUGCUCUAUUACCACUGACGGUCAUACCGAGAGUGCUUGUAAUACGAUCAAGAUGACAUCCAGCACAUGCGCUCCUGGUCUUUUCUGCGACAUACAUCCUGACUCUGGCGUCACGGUCUGCAUGGAGCAACACAACGAAAUCGGCACUGAAGGUAUAGUUGUAGGAGCGUUUUUUGGAGCUUGCAUUGCAGGAUGUAUAGUUGUCUUGGUUAGCAUGUGUCUGAAGGAUAAGCGAGCCCAGAAGAAUUUUCAGAAUAUAAAGCGGGCUAAGACAUUGAGAACGAUGAAGACGGCGAAGCCGGAAGACGAGGCAAACCUCAUCUCUGGUUCUAGUGGCUAA